UGUUAAUGUAUGAUAAUGAGUUUGAAACAAAGGAAAAUAAAAUUUGAACCAAGGAUAAAAUUGAACUACAACAUAUGCUAUCAAGAUGAGUGGAGACUAUAAAUUGGUAGCUUUACAAUAAGUAGAAUGGAUGUAACAGCAGUUUAAUGUAGAGUUUAUGAGGACCUUUCAUUUUUUAAGUGAUUACUUCAUUUAAUUUGUAACUUACUGGAACAAACAGAAACUAUUUCUUGUCUUGAAUUCAAGACUGUGGCAAUGAGCAAGUAUUAUGAAAUCAUGUUCAAAUAAAUUUCUUUAACUUCUGUAUUUUUUUUUUACCUUUAACUGGUAGUUUAAUCUUCAAAUGCAGAGGCAAAGGUGUAAAGAGUAACAGCUAGAUUUAUUAAUUAGAGUUAUAUGUUAAGUUCUAACGAGCCACAGUAGACUGUAAUCAAAUAAGGAAGAACAAAUAAUAUUUUCAAACUUACUCUUGCAACCACAUGUACACGUGCCUGUGCUUUGCACUAUGCAUAUCCCUUUGACCUAAAUUAGAGACUGUCAGCUGGCAUCGGUGAACUAUGUUCCAAAAAGGUCCAGUAGUGAACUUGGUUUCGAAGCUUGCGCAAAAACGCCACGCGGACCUAUCUUAGUCCUGCUCGAGAAGACUGGGUCGAGGGAUCUGAAGGUUUCGUGACCCCAACGUCCUUCCAGUUUAAACAGUGAGACUCUUGCAUUGUUUUGAAGGAUUCCUAAAAUUUGCAAUUGGAGGUAAGUUCUUCGUUAUUAUUGUGUGUGUAAGUGGAUGCCUGGGGACAAAUUUUAUGUGAUUUAUGGUUUAGUAACAGAGACGUUAGAAAUAGGCUUUGGCGGUAAUUUUCUCAGGUGCAAAUGGUGGUUCCGCUGGCAUUUGUGUUGGCUAUGAUUGCGCUUUACUAUUUGUAAACACGGUUUAGCUAGUCUAAUAUGAUACUCAUUCUGUGGUAUUACUGUAAGAGUAGUGUUAACGACCAAAUGGUGAUAAUUUCAUCUCUUGAUACAGCUACAUUUCUAACUUUGUAAAUUCGGGUUUAAAAUAUAUGCAGGUAACGCCAGCUUGAUUUUCCGUUGUCUGUUCUAUAAUUUCUUGACUUAUCGACCAUGCUUUCUCGUGUUACUUCGAUGUUUAGCUAUUCUUGUAAAUGUGCAAGCUUUAAAACCCGGAAUGAAUUUGUUUAGGUAGUUCGAACUCUUCAAUUUACAGCUGGCACUUAGCGAAUUCCAUAAGGCAUCAUUUGAUCGUGAAGUUUAAUUUUGAAAACAUUUAUUUUCUUGAUAGGCCUUCCGAUUGUCAUCAUAGUUUUCCAGAAAGGUCGUUUGCCCUUUGUCAAGCUUUAAACCCGCUUCCAUUUUACAACAACAAUUUCAUUUUGUGGACAAAAUGCUGUUUGAACAGUGCGUUACUCUACCAGUUAAGUACUGUGCUAUCUGAUUUAAAAGGUUGUAUCCAACUGGAUCUUUAUGCCCAUGGAAAACUUUAUGAUUACGGGACAAUAAUCAGCUAUUAGGCCCAAGGUCAGCUGGUAGAGCAGACAGAAAUAACAAAGUAAAAUGAUUGCAUAUACGACUUUUUGCUUAUCAGAAUGCAGUCCUCUUCAAAAGCCACCGGGAGACCACAUUGCCUCGAGUACUGUGAUGGGAAUGUUGCAGAGUUUUAUUGUCCAGAAUGUGGUGCCAUGUUUUGCAGUAGUUGUUAUGACAGAGAACACUGUGGAAAUGAACGGAAAGCACAGCAUGGGAAACUAACUGAACUUAGAGCUAUUUGCAGCGAGCACAAACACACUCUUGAUUAUUUUAACCUGACCCUGCUUCAACCAAUGUGCAUCAUAUGCAAAAAGGAGAGUAUGCUUUUACCUGAACAUGAACACCAUGUUAUUGAACACAUAGAAACAACUGUAUCAACACUAAGAUCUCUCAUGGAAAAGAAAUUACAAGAUGCUGCAGAAUCAAUUGGAAGGAUAGCAUGUCAACUAGCCAAGGGUGAAACUUCAACCCACAGUGGGUUGAAUGCCUCAAUCAGCCAUGUUCAGUGCUGUUUUGCUAAGCUGCGGCAGAUACUUGAUGAGAGGGAAGCCCAACUUGUGCAAGAUACCAAAAAGUAUUUUGAUGAGUUCCUCGAAAGUGGUGAAGGAAUAGCACAAGCCAGAAACAUGUUAAGAAAUCUCAGGUCUCUCACUGAGGAAGGAAAGCUGCUCUUGAAUAAAGAUUCUAGAAGCCUUGUGGUAGAAUUCCCAGCAGUCUUCAUGCGCCUCAAAGAACUGUGUGCUUUGACUGCCAAUGAAUGCCAGAUGAAAAGUCUCAAAAUUGCAAUUUAUUUUGGACAAGAUGUAGUGAAACAGCUAAGACAAGCUGGGGUUAUGAGUGCAGAGUAUUCUUAUCUGUCUAAAGCAAAUGGAAGGCAGGAGAAUUCAAAUGAUUUAGACAGUGGUUGUACCUGCAGCUCUAUGCAGGAUUGUCAUACAGUAGAUGUUGAUACAAAGAGGUGCAUGGCAGACUCUCCUGGAGGACUUUGCAAAGAACCCACCUCUGAUCAAGCCAAGAAAAGUGGUGAGGCAAUUGACUUCUCAGAGGUGUGCAACAAGUCACCAAUCUCUAAGACCCCGUUAAAAGGUGCCAAGAGGCACUCUUCUGAUGUGUCUGGAAGUCCUCUCAAGAAAGCUAGGAAAAUUGAUGCAACAGUUGAUUUCCCUGAAGAGCAGGAAAAGUCUCUCAUAUCUAGAACCCCAGACAAAGUUGAAGCAGGAACACCAGCCAGAAUCAUGUCACCCUCACCUUUAAAGCCAUCAAAACUUAACAAAUUGAGGGUUUUAUUGAAAACCUCACCACAGCACAGCCCUGUUGCCUCUCCAAGUAGGAAGACUUGUGUGGCAUCACCACAGCACAGCCCUGUUGCCUCUCCUAGUAGGAAGACUUGUGUGGCAUCACCAAGGAGAAAGAGGGGAGGAGAAAUGAGCAAAGAAUUUAUGAAGUGCGACAUAAUUCUAAGAGAAAUAUGGGCUCACGACGAGAGCAUCCCAUUUGUUCGACCUGUGGAUAAAAAACAGUCACCAGAUUACUAUAAAGUCAUCAAGAAGCCCAUGGACCUGACUAUUGUGAGAGAGAAGUUGCAUUCUCUUCAAUAUGCAUCUGUCGUGGACUUCUUAGAGGAUAUAAGUUUGAUGUUGAACAACUGCAAAACGUACAAUAAGGUCACUGGCAUUAAAAUAUCCCAACCAGAAAUCAAACAUUCCACCCCACUCCUCACGGUGUCAUUUUGAAUACUGAUUGUGAGGCACACGGAAAGUUUGAAUUGAAUUGCAAAUAUACUUGCAACAUUAAGUAUUCAACCUGCUAGUGUCAGAAUCUUUACACGUGGAAGCAUAGUUAAUCGGUUUGGUGGAAGUCAGAACGUCGCUUUCCUGCCUGGCUUAAAGCCUCAAAUUGCAGGAUUUGGUGGGAAAUCUCUUCGUCUAACUUGUCCUAGACAGUUGGAAUAUCUGACGGUAGAAAUCAAAAGUAUUUGGUGUCUUGAUUGUCGAUCUUUGGUGUGUAACGAUCCUCGCAAGCAGGUUAUAGCCAGUGAUGGAAAGUCAACAGAUUCAAAUCAUGGGAAGUCACAAGUUUAGUCUUCUUUCAGUUCACGUAAG